AGAAGGGAAAUCAUACAUCUGAUUCAGAAAAGUUCCUAGAACAUCUUAUAUUUGUGAACGGAAGUAGUUCAUACUACUCCCUCUGUUUUUAAAUAUUUGUCUUUGUAGACAUUUCAAAUGACUACUACAUACGGAUGUAUGUAGACAUAUUUUAGAGUGUAGAUUCACUCAUUUUGCUUUGUAUGUAGUCACUUGUUGAAAUGCCUAGAAAGACAAGUAUUUAACUUUCUGAUUCUGAAGCAUUGCUAUCUCCAGAUUAGUUCCAGGUUUGAAUUUGUUAUCUGCUGUUGAAACCGAAUUGGAAUUGGAAUUUGAAUUCGCUGCUGAAAUAAGAAUAUACGGAUACAAAAGCUUCAACUGGAUGAAGUUUAAAGACGGGGAACGCGCAUAGUAGUACUCUCAACUCAACCUCCUCCGCCGUGCCCAACCCCCCAACCCCCGUGAUCGAUUCCGAUUCCGUGCCCGCGCGUCGAGCGAUCAGCCCAGAGAGGUCGUCGACGAAUCUCGCUCGUGUCCAUCAGAUCGCCAUCGAUGGCCUUCCCCUCUUUCACAUGGCCUUUCCGCCGCCGAGCCGGCCCAAGCAAACCCUCCGCCGCGGAGGGGAAGGAGGAGGACGCGGAGGCGCUCGGCGUGACGCCGCAGCUCCUCGACUUCCUCCGGACGCUCUCCCCCGACGCCUUCAAGUCGUCCGCCCUCCAGCUCCACCAAGGGGCCUCCGCGGAGGCGGCGGGAGAGCUCUCGGACUGGCAGCAGCGGCACGCCGUCCUCGUGCUCGCCAGAGCCAAGGAACUCGCUAAGGUCCGCUAUGAUCUGUGCCCACGCCACAUGAAGGACAAGCAGUUCUGGACAAUCUACUUCCUGCUCGCCAGGACCUACAUCUUGCCGUACGAGUUACGUGCCAUACAAAAAGAAAAGGUAAGAAGGAUGGAGACAGAGAACGGAAAGUCAAAAGAUGUGAUUGCUGUUGAGGUGGAGAUGCAGGAAUCAAAAUGCAGUAGAGAAUCUCAAACGUUACCAGAUGAUUCAGAACCUCAGGGUUCAUAGUUGAUGUUGCUGAUGGCAUAUUAGGUUUCAAAACUGUAUUUUGCAGAAGCUUCAGAUGCAUGGGCUGAGUGUUCAUUGUGGCUUCUGGAUGGAUGUAGCAAUCUGCUCAGUGUGCCAUUGGGGUGCCUGUAUAUGUAGUAAUCAAAUUUUGGAGUUUAGGAAUUUUGAGGCAGCACGCUGCAUCUGCUGAUAGCUCAACAUAGCAGCUGUUUGUUGGCUGUGCACUGACAUGUAAGCUGGUGUGAACUUGGCCGUGAUCUUGAAUUGAAGUCCAUGUACUCCCUCCGCCCCAAAAAGCUUGUCUUAGAUUUGCCUAGAUACGGAUGCAUCUAGACACGUAGUGUUAGAUACAUCCGUACCUAGAUAAAUCUAAGACAAGCCUUUUGGGACGGAGGUAAUA